AUGCAGAGGGAAGCACAAGAGUAUGUGAAGAAGUGUGAUAAUGCCAAAGAUUUGCAUCCAACAUUCAUCAAUCGGGAAGAGUUCUUAAUCCUUUGUUCAGCCCUUGGCCUUUCGCUUAAUGGGGCUUGGACAUUAUAUUCCACCCCGACAUAUCCCCAGGGGAAUGGACAGGCUGAAGCUGUCAAUAAGGUCAUUGUGAGUGGACUUAAAAGAGGUUGGAACGCAAGGGGAAAAUGGGUGGAAAAGUUGCCACACGUUCUUUGGACAUACUGGAUUACACCUCAUAGGUCCACUGGGGAAACCCCCUUUUCAAUGACUUAUGAAGCCGAGGCUGUUAUUCCUCUAGAGACUAGAUUCCCAACAUUGAGAACGAGUUCUUUCACUCCAAGCUAUAAUGAUGAACUGCUAGAAAAGAGCCUAGACUUAAUUGAAGAGCGAAGAGAAAAUGCCAUGGUCCAAUUAGCCUAUUAUCAACACAAGCUCAAGCAAGGAUAUGAUGCCAACGUGAAGUUAAGACCACUAGCACCGGGGGACUUGGUUUUAAGAAAAGUUUUGGGUACUGCUAAGAAUCCAGCAUUGGGAAAGUUGGGACCUAAUUGGGAAAGACCAUAUCGCAUCACAUCAGUGGCAGGAAUAGGUGCAUAUUAUCUGGAAGAUCUAGAUGAAAAUACUGUACUCCGUCCCUAG